AUGGCCGUUGCAAACUCAUUAUUCGACCCUGCCCUGAUCACGGACGAGGCGCGGGCUGCUUUCCCCGAAGGAUAUCACAUCCGACCGCUGCAGAGGGACGACUAUGGACGGGGCUUCUUCGACUGCUUGAGCGUGUUGACGUACGUCGGCAACGUCAGCGAGGAGCGCUUCGUGGAGCGCUUCGACUGGAUGGCUACCCAGGGCAAGGGCAUUCACUAUUUCCUGGUCAUCGAGCAUGAGGGCCGGAUCGUGGGGACAGGGACCCUGAUCGUGGAGAAGAAGUUCAUCCACGACCUCGGCACCGUCGCUCACGUGGAGGAGGUGUCGAUCCGCAAGGAGUACCAGUCCAGAGGCCUGGGCUUGAAACUGCUCAAUGCUCUGUCAUCGGUCGCGAAAUCAGUGGGCUGCUACAAGUCGAAUCUGGGGUGCAGCGAGGCCAACGAGCCAUUUUACGUCAAGUGUGGCUACGAAAAGGGCGGCAGGGUCAUGUCGGAGUCGUAUGAGGGCCCAAAAUCGGACUAUGAGAGGGGUUGA